GAACUGCUGAUUUGGAAUUUAAAUCUAAGACUCCCCUCUGGUCAGCAUGGCUCGGAACAAUACAUGCCAUAUCCUGUUUGCAUGCCUGAUGCUCCUGGCAUGCUGCCAAGGCAAGAAGGCUGAAGAAGGCUUGCCCAUACCUGAGAACGAUCUUCCUUCUGCCAAGAUCAACUGCCCAGAAGGUGCUAAUGCCUAUGGUUCCUACUGCUACUACUUUGUGGAAGAUCGUUUGACCUGGGGAGAGGCAGAUCUCUUUUGCCAGAAUAUGAAUUCGGGGCACCUGGUGUCAGUGCUCAGCCAGGCCGAGGGCAACUUUGUGGCUUCUUUGGUUAAGGAGAGUGGUACUACAAAUGCUUAUGUCUGGACUGGUCUCCAUGAUCCCAAAAAUAACCGCCGUUGGCACUGGAGCAGUGGAUCUCUGUUUCUCUAUAAAUCAUGGGCCACUGGAGCUCCAAGCACGACCAAUCGCGGUUAUUGUGUGGCACUGACUUCAAACACAGCUUUCAAGAAAUGGAAAGAUGAAAACUGUGAUUCACAGUACUCCUUUGUUUGCAAGUUCAAAAGCUAAAGUCUCCUGAACAAUAGACAUCCAGAACUUUAUUACUAUGGAUUAGAAAAUCAAAUAAUACCAACUAUCCACCACAAAUUAGAUACUUUCUUCUGUUGAAUUGCAACAGACUUUCACUAUUUUUCUCUACCCCAAUUUUUA